GUUGCUUGACCACAGCGGAUUCAUACCUUGGCUGAAGUUUUGUGUUACACACUUUCUACCACGGCACUCUGUGUAAUGGCGACCGAAGGGCCGUCUUCUGUGGUAAAGUAACUUCAAAUUGGACGGAAUAAAACAGCCUGAGUGCACAUCAACACCUCAGAAAUCUGAAGAUGCUAGGAUCUAAGAGACCAGAGCUCCUCGCUGAUCUGCUAGGUUCUUCCAUUAUGUCGUAACUAAAGGUUGUCCGGCCUCCUAUCUUGGGAAUCCUCCCUCUUAAAUCUCAUUUCCUCUUUUGGAUUUGGGCUUGUAUUCAACAUCAGCAAUCCCCUCACCUGAUGUGGUGAUUUCUAACUGAAUUAUUGGUAGCGCCUCAUCUGGCGCAAUGAGUAGCCUGCAGCAUGGCAGUACAGGCUCAGAGCGAGACCUUCAGUCCGCUGUAUCCUCUGUUAGCCUCCCCUCAGUUAAAAAGAACUCUAAAAGACGCCGUCUGUCCCUUCACUCAUUCUUCGGACGGAGACUCAGACCUGAACGGGAGUCCAAACGGAAGUCUAGGACUCUGUCAUCUGGGGUGGAUGCGGUUGUCAGCCUUGAAAGCGUGCAGACUGAGACCGGGCUUGACAAAACUUCCACCCAGCCUCCGUUGGACGUAGCGUCAACAUCAACCGGGUCGGGGAGUUUGUCAGAGCUACUGGAAUGCCCCCUGUGCCUGCUUCGCCAUACACGGGACCGCUUCCCGGACAUCAUGACCUGCCACCAUCGUUCCUGCGCAGACUGUCUGCGCCAGUAUCUACGCAUUGAGAUUUCAGAGUCCCGCGUCAACAUCACCUGCCCCGAGUGCUCGGAGCGCUUCAACCCACACGACAUCCAGAUGAUCUUGGGAGACCGAGCCGUCAUGGAGAAAUAUGAGGAGUUCAUGCUGAGGAGGUGGCUGGUGGCCGAACCAGACUGUCGCUGGUGUCCUGCCCCCGACUGCGGGUAUGCUGUCAUUGCUUUUGGCUGUGCCAGCUGUCCAAAGAUCACCUGCGGACGCGAUGGCUGCGGUACAGAGUUCUGCUACCACUGCAAACAGCUGUGGCAUCCCAAUCAGACAUGUGACACGGCGCGGCAGCAAAGAGCUCAGAGCCUUCGGCUGAGGAGCUUCAGGUCAUCGUCACUGAGCUACAGCCAGGAGAGCGGCGCAGCCGGCGAUGACAUCAAGCCAUGCCCUCGCUGCUCCGCGUAUAUCAUCAAAAUGAACGAUGGAAGCUGUAAUCAUAUGACCUGUGCCGUAUGCGGCUGUGAGUUCUGUUGGCUCUGCAUGAAAGAGAUUUCUGAUCUGCACUACUUGAGUCCAUCAGGCUGCACAUUCUGGGGGAAAAAGCCUUGGAGCAGAAAGAAAAAGAUCCUCUGGCAGCUUGGGACUUUGGUGGGAGCGCCUGUGGGUAUCGCUCUCAUUGCAGGCAUCGCCAUCCCAGCAAUGAUCAUUGGGAUCCCAGUCUAUGUGGGCAGAAGGAUUCAUAACCGCUACGAAGGAAAGGACAUUUCAAAGCAUAAGAGGAACUUGGUGAUAGCUGGUGGCGUGACACUGUCGGUGAUUGUAUCUCCAGUGGUUGCUGCUGUCACUGUUGGUAUUGGCGUUCCCAUCAUGCUUGCGUACGUCUACGGGGUUGUCCCAAUCUCUCUGUGUCGGAGCGGAGGCUGUGGGGUUUCCGCCGGCAACGGAAAAGGAGUUCGAAUUGAGUUUGAUGAUGAAAAUGACAACAUAGGCACCGGGGCAGUAGCUACAGACACUACGUCUGUGGCGGAGACACGGCUCAACAACCCGAGCCUCGGAGACGGCGCAAGCGUCGGAGGUUUGACUGGCCUCAGCGUCAGCGGGAGCCACAUGGAGCGCUGUGGCGUGAGCUCAGCUCAGCGGGACAACAUGAGCGACAACGCCAGCACCACGGCACUUGCUGGGACCAGCAUUACGGGCAGCCUGUCUGGCAGCUGCUAUAACAGGAUGGAAGUGCAGGCUGAUGUCCAGAAGGAGCGCUGCAGUUUAAGCGGCGAGUCGGCCACCGUCAGCCUGGGGACGAUCAGUGACAACGCCAGCACCAAAGCCAUGGCCGGCUCCAUUCUCAAUGCCUACAUGCCGCUUGAAAGAGACGGCAGCCUGGAGGUUCCCGCUGACUCUGAGUCCAAACAGGACAAGGUGAGACACGGCAGUGCCAGCAGCAGCAUGGAUGAGACCAGCUGCAGCAGUGGUCCGGCCGUCAUCAAAAGAGCAGGCGCUGACGGGUGUUUAUGCUCAUGUCCCUCCACAUGCUGCUGUGGACAGCCCAGCAACCAGUGUGGCCCCUCUUCCUCUUGUUCUAAGGACCCUAUCACUACUGUGGGCAAAACAUGCAAAAGUAAGCUUUGGAGAAGAGCAAGCAGUAGCAGCAGCAGCAAAGGAGACAGAAGAGUGAAUGAAAAACAAGGCGACAUCGAUGCUCAGUUUCUGGAGCAGCGGAGCGCUAACUCCUCCGAGCUGGAUUCACCGUCUCUGAGCGGUAGCCUGCCUUCAGUGGCCGACUCGCACUGUAGCCACUUGUCAUCCGAGUUCAGCUGCUCCGACCCUGAAACCCUAAAACCUAGCCAACCGGCCAGCUCAUCCCAGAUUGACCCUCCCGCUCAUCAGCCCACUAUCACACCUUUGCCUGAGGUGGAGCAUGACCGCCUCGAGAAUCUCCCAGCUCAGAGUGGCCACGCAGCCUUCAGCCAUCGCCUGCUGUCUUCAUCCCCACCCGCUUCACCUAGAAAGAGAAGCAGUGGGACUUUCCUGUACAUCAGCGAGGACGGCAGCGGUGGAAACACAAAGCCAGAGAGGUUUGUUGAAGAAACCACCAGAAGCACUGCCGAACAGCCUGUGAGCCCCACAAGGAAGCGAUGCAUACAGACAGAUAUUUGAAGGUACCCUUCCUUACUUUUGCUGUGUUACUGCUGCAAACUGUGUUCGCUUCAUCAUCAAAUCUCAACAUCCCCUUAAAGCUAGGAAGCUGAAGAUCAGGGUUUAUCAACGCAGUUAUUUUGAUUAGUAACAUAGGGUGAGAAGGAAGUAGGCAGGAGAUUUAUGGAUGUGUAUACACAAAGAAGAUCAUUUGGAUCUCUGGUUUUAAGUUUCAGUCAAGUUUAAAGAGCAGUGAGCUUGUUUGCAAGUAGAUUUGAAUGUAUGAGGACAUGUUUGAAGCAGGCUUUAAACUUUGUGAGAUUCUGCAGAUCUGCGGUGUGUUGCAGAGAGAACAGUUUCCUACAAAACAUAAUAGUUUCCUAAAACCCGGAUCAAACCAGCGUUACGGAUGCCCCAAUCAGGAUAAUUUUAUCCUAAAUACCCAACUGACACAUUUAACACUUUAGUGUGGUUAUCAAGUCCCAGAUGAACAUGGAAACACAUUUACUGUCCCAUGAAUUAUUUUUAAUAUUGGAGCUUUUAUGUGCUGUUAAAAAAAUAGAUAAAAAUGGUAUGGUUUUUCAUUAGUGUCAGGAUUAUACCUCAUUUAAAAUACUCUUCUGACUCCCACUACUUGGUUGUCCUGACAUGCUAGCCUAAAGCUAGCAUAGUUUUAUUUAGGAUAUUUCCAAUCAGUAGUGAUCAGCCUAAUAACAUUCCAGUCAGCUUCUAGCUCAGUUACAGACAAACUUGCUUAAAAAGUUGCUCCUUAUCUCAAUCAGUGAAGCCAUUUGCUUUGAACAUUAUAAAAUUCAAUAAGCAGCAUUUGACCUGCUUUCCAUGUCGCAUUUUCUACAAAGACAUGUUUUGUUUUUUUGUUUUUUCAGUGCAGCAAAGAGCACAAUAUGACAAAAAGGAGAGGGGGAUUUAGAUCUUUGCAUACAAUAUGAGGCCUGUAGAACAGCUAGUGACUUUUAAAAUGCAAAAACCUGCCUUAAAAAUUGCAAAUACAAAUCUUGCUGGGGGUGAGGCAGGAGUUAAGCUAUUGGUCAUUUUGAAAUGUUUUUAUCGGGACAUGCCUAGUUUUAGAAUAUGUAGUGUAAGCUGCUAUCAUAAACCUUCUUAUUAAAUCUGCAAAAAUGUUUCCUCUCUGGUUUAGCAGAAAUCAGAGAAUGAUCUGAUAUUGUCACUGUGUCGCCAGUUUACCCUUAAAGUCCCUCAGGAUGGUUAAAGUGACUCUGGGGUGUUGAGGUGGGACCAGACGAUACAACAGCUUUGUAUAUUUUUCCUAAUCAGACAUAAGAAAAAUUCUGUAUUUGUUUUUGUUUAAGACGUGACUCAUGUUUGUGUCCUAUAUAUUUGCUUAUUUUUAUGGUAAACUUUGGGAAAGUGGCUUUAAAAGUUAAAGCCCUAUGGUCCAAAUUUGUUGGUAUAAUCAAAUGAGAACUAUCAGUUUGAAUACUGAUUUCUGUGCUUAAAUGUUCUUAGUUGAAACCAAUGACUUUCAUGCAGUUACUGUUCACGAUCUCUGCUGAUUUAUCAGAUUUCACUACAUGUUCAGAGUACUGUUGAUGCAUGAAAGGUAACUUUAAUACAAUUGGUUCAAUUGUAUAUGCUACAAAGAGAGGAGCUCUAUUUUCUUUUUUUUUUUUCUAUAAAAAUAUGUAGCAUCACUUAAAAGUUACAGGGCUUUUUAGAGAUAAAAUUGUAGAUAACCAACCAAACAUUGUAUUUGCAAUAAUAAAAUAAGCUUCUUAGAUGACUAUACAAUAAGAACUGAUGUCUCUUCUGUGGAAAUGCAUCAGCUUUAUUUUGAAAAUAUCUUGUGCAAUUAGAAACUGCUUCUGUGUAACCAAGCACAUUCAUCCUAUUUAAUAUUGAGCAGUGACUGUACAGUAUUAGAUUUAUGUUGUUUUGAAUCCAAAUGAAACAUUCUGGAUAUACUUUAUUAGCAGGCAUUUUUCUUUUUCUUUUAGCAAAUGGCUGAUUCAAGAAAUUGUAUUUGUCCAACCUACAGUGCCUUGGGUAAAUGUCCUGUGUGGUGUUUUUACUUUAUUUCAUUCUGUCUUCAUGUGAUAAAUAUGAAAAAAUAUUGUUGAAAUGUCUUCUGCCUAUAAACAAAUUGUAACAAAAAGACAAAAUCUUAAAGGAAAAACCAGCUUACGAGUUCUAAGAGCCAUUUUGGCCUUCCAAAGACUCCUUUCAGGCUAUGUUUUGCUGAGUUGCUCCUACUGUACUGUCCAAAUUGACAAUGAUUACACCAAAAUGUUUCCCUGUAGCUGCCAAAGUCUGUGUACGAAUACGGCGCAUGUUGGCAUUAAAAUAUGUUGAAUUCAGAGCAGUUUGCUUCAUCAGCUUCAGACUGCACUAAAGCUUCAUCUACGGUUUUGCAGCCUGACAACUUAGCUGAUAUCUACCAGCUGCUUUCUGAGCUGCUCAACAGUGAUUAGGAAUUUCUCACUCUCUUUUAGAUAAACCUCACACAGUUUAUUUUCCUCAUGUCUGAACUCCUUAUUUAAUUUAAUUUCUCUGUUUCUAUUUAAAAGGCUGAUGUCAUGUUUUUAUUUCUCUAAUUUUGGUGAAAAGAGGCUUAUGCUAUUUGAAACCUUCUGUAUUUUGAUUCCUUGCAUUUGAAUGUGCAUGUCAAUGCAUAUCCUUAAAAAAUAAAAAUGUCAAUCAAGCAUUUUGUGACUGUUUAUUAGAA